GGUUGACGAACCCUCCCAUCUCUCUUUCUCUCUAAAACCCUCACCGCGUAGCAUGCUCACUCUGAUGGAUCGUGAAUCCGCUAUCCAAUCAGUCCACUAAAACACUAAAGAGAAGAUUUAAGUCACUGCUACUGCAAGAGCCUGCAAUAAAAUGCCAUUCCGACUUGAGCAACAGUGAUUUGGAUCAGAACAUGUCUCUUGGGUCCUCCAACAAAGAGGAGAUGUUCACGGGUAACUCCACUUUGCCGUACCUCUCCAACUUCAGCCUGGCAGACAAGGCUGGGACAAGCAAACCUGUAGCAUGUGAGCAGCUCCACAUCGCUGUGGAGGUCUUUCUGACCUUGGGGAUCAUCUCCUUAUUAGAGAAUAUCCUGGUUAUUACAGCCAUAGUAAAGAACAAAAACCUUCAUUCACCCAUGUACUUCUUCAUCUGCAGUUUGGCAGUAGCUGACAUGUUAGUGAGUGUGUCCAAUGCCUGGGAAACUGUCGUCAUUUACCUGCUCAACAACAGACAGCUGGUGGUGGAGGAGCACUUCAUUCGCCACAUGGACAACAUUUUUGAUUCCAUGAUUUGCAUCUCUGUGGUCGCAUCAAUGUGCAGUCUAGUGGCCAUCGCUGUGGACAGGUAUAUUACUAUUUUCUAUGCACUGAGAUACCACAACAUCAUAACGGUGCGGCGAGCUGGCUGCGUCAUUGGGGGAAUCUGGACCUUCUGCACAGGCUGUGGGAUUAUCUUUAUUAUCUACUCCGAUACCACGUCUGUCAUCAUCUGUCUUGUGGCCAUGUUCUUCAGCAUGCUGCUCAUAAUGGCAUCCCUUUACAGCCACAUGUUCAUGCUGGCCCGUUCACAUGUCAAGCGCAUUGCUGCCCUGUCAGGUUACAACACCAUCCAUCAGCAGACCAGCAUGAAGGGCGCCAUCACACUGACCAUUCUCCUUGGGAUCUUCAUCGUCUGCUGGGCUCCCUUCUUCCUCCAUCUCAUCCUUAUGAUAUCCUGUCCACGGAACCUCUACUGUGGGUGCUUCAUGUCCCACUUUAACAUGUACCUAAUCCUCAUCAUGUGCAAUUCUGUCAUUGACCCAUUGAUCUAUGCCUUCAGGAGUCAGGAGAUGAAGAAAACCUUUAAGGAGUUAUUUUGUUGUUUUAACCUUAGGAAUUGCUACACUAGCAUAUGUGCUCUGACUGGAAAGUGCUGAACAACAAAAAGUGAAAAGUGAAAAGAAAUUUGACACUGGAACUUUUUAAAAAGCCAUUAUGUAGAAUUAGAUUGACUGUAUGACACACAGCAGCACGGUGGGCGACUGGUUAGCACAGUUCUAAGGCCCCGCCUGUGUGGAGUUUGCAUGUUCUCCUCGUGCCUACGUGGGUUUUCUCUGGGCACUCCGGUUUCCUCCCACAUCCCAAAAACAUGCAUGGUAGGUUGAUUGAAGACUCUCAAUUGCCCGUAGGUGCGAAUGCGAGUGCGAAUGGUUGUUUGCUUAUAUGUGCCCUGCGAUUGGCUGGCGACCAGUUCAGGGUGUACCCUGCCUCCUGCCCUAUGAUAGCUGGGAUAGGCUCCAGCACGCCCGCGACCUGCGUGAGGAUAAGGCGGUACAGAAAAUGUAAAGAUGGAUGGAUGGAUGACACACACUACAGUUACAUGACCUUAUAGAAAAUCAAACUGUUGCAUCAGAGGAACUAAAACAGUAUACUCAGGGCAUGUAAACUAGUUGAAUGAAAUGAUAAUAAAUCAAAAGCCUUAUGAUUAUGCACCUGAAUAAAGAGGUUAGAUUGUUCACCAACUCUAUUUUUGGGUGGUAAAGAGGGGGGCAAAUAUGUAAUAAACUGUGCAUGUAAUGACCACAA